CUCUUCCGUUAUUCAGUAAGAGCCGCGGCCGAUGUGGGAGGACCGGGUAAAAAAUUGGGUGGAAUGGAUGGGAAGAUGAGAUGGUGCAGAAAUCGCAGUAGAUAGCGAAUUGCAUUGUGCAAGGUUUAACAGAUUUAAGCAAGUAGUUUUGGCUUCCCCGGGGAGUGUCACGGAUGGUGGCUGAGUCCGUCAGCGAUGGGAUUGAGACAUUGAUACGCGAUGAAUAAAACUGAUGCUGGAUUAAUGUUAGGGACAGUCAGUGCGGGCUGACGGGCCAACUGCUGCUUCCUUCUUUGGAUCCCGGCUCCAAUCUGUUUAACUGCGUCUCACCGCCUGGCUGGGAAAUUCUACAAGCUAUCAAAAGAAAUCACGAGAAGCACGAUUUUUUUUGCCAAGUUGAGACUACAGCGAAUGUCUAGAUUCUCUUGGAACAAAUCGAUUUAAAUCCUGCUUGUUUUAUUUUCCUAACAAAAGUGCCAAAUCCUUAUGGGUGUUCUGAGUUUGAACUGGACAGUGAAUUACCGUUCUAUAUAAAACAUUUCGGAAUUCCUUUCUCACUUUUAACAAAUAGUUUCUUCGCAAAGCUUUUUAUUGGGAGUUUGUGGAUGUGUGUAUUUGAGAUUUGUUUGUAUUCUUUAGCACAUGUACUCCUUGGGCUUUCGUUACAACGAAGUUUAACUGCUUAAGAAGUUUCAUCUGCUUGAUGAGUGAGAAGAGAAAACGAGUGGUGUCUGCUAUCAAGCCUACCUAGAACUAGCGAAGAUAGGUGAUGACACUUUGAGGGGAAAAAAUGCCGGUGAAGAAACAAGACACACAGCGUGCUCUACUGCUUCUUGAAGACUACUGUUCAAAGCUGAAGAAACCAGAAGAAAAACAACUUAAAAGUGCUGUUGAAAGAAUUAUAAGUAUCUUCAAAAGUGGCUUGUUUUUGGCACUACUAGAUAUCCAAGAAUUCUAUGAAGUCACGUUACUCAACUCUCACACAAACUUUGCACAGAAAACUGCUGAAGCCAACCAUGUGGUAGAAGAAUGGGAAGGGAGAAAUUCACAAGUGGUGGUCACACAAAAGAACAUCUCAGAGCCAGUUGGGACAGAACAAGACACAACAUUAGCAAGAGUGAAAGAAGAAACUGAUGAACAGGAAGGAGAAUUGCCAGCGAAAUUGCAAGAACAAUGGGACCGUGUCCAGAACUAUCGUUAUCAAGAUGAAGAUACAUCACCACAUGAAUAUAGCUUACCACAGCUAACCAAUGAAGUCAAAGGCCCCGAGCUCGUACAUGUGUCUGAGAAGAACUUAUCACAGGUUGAGAAUGUUCUUGGAUAUGUGUCACAUGCUCACAUUUCUCCAUUAAAGGUUUGUCCCUGUGACGUCCAAGCCCAGCUGCUUGACUUGACAGACAUGGAAGAACAGCCAUAUGAUCUGGAGUUUGAAGAUGCUGUGAACUUUAAAGAAGGCACAGAAUCUCAUCAGGCGAGCCCUGCCCCCAUGAUUGUAAACACAGAAACACUGGAGACAGUCCCAUAUGUUAAUGGAACAGAAAUAGAAUAUGAAUUUGAAGAAAUCACAUUGGAACGGGGUAAUUCCGGCCUGGGAUUCAGUAUAGCUGGAGGCACAGACAACCCUCAUAUUGGAGAUGACCCUGGGAUAUUUAUUACAAAAAUUAUCCCUGGGGGAGCAGCAGCUGAAGAUGGACGGCUAAGAGUCAAUGACUGCAUUUUACGAGUGAAUGAAUUUGAUGUAUCUGAAGUGUCACACAGUAGAGCUGUGGAGGCCUUGAAAGAAGCUGGUUCAAUUGUACGACUGUAUGUGCGUAGACGAAGGCCGAUUUUGGAGACUAUUACAGAAAUAAAGCUCAUAAAAGGACCUAAAGGAUUGGGAUUCAGUAUUGCUGGUGGUGUGGGUAACCAGCAUAUCCCAGGAGAUAAUAGUAUAUAUGUUACAAAAAUAAUUGAUGGAGGAGCUGCGCAGAGAGAUGGCAAUUUACAAAUUGGGGAUCGACUGCUUAUGGUCAAUAACUACAGUUUGGAAGAAAUAGCACACGAAGAAGCUGUAGCGGUGCUGAAACACACAGCAGAUGUGGUGUAUCUUAAGGUUGCAAAACCUACUACUGUUUACAUAAAUGACCCUUAUGGACCUCCUGAUAUCACGCACUCUUAUUCCCCUCCAAUACAGAAUCACGUCCUUCCCUCAACUGGGAAUAAUGAUAUGCUGGAUUACAAAUCCUCGCUUCCACAGAUUACAUCAGGAAGAUAUUCUCCCCUUCCAAAACAUAUCCUUGGUGAAGAUGAUGAUAUCAGGGAACCAAGAAAAUUUGUGCUUCACAGGGGAUCUGGUGGAUUAGGCUUCAACAUUGUUGGGGGUGAAGAUGGUGAAGGAAUAUUCAUUUCGUUUAUCCUGGCAGGUGGACCAGCAGAUCUCAGUGGGGAGCUGCGAAGAGGUGACCAAAUUCUAUCAAAACUUGCAAAGAACAAAACAAACAUCAUGGAAGCUCAAAGACCAACACUCCAGAAUGAACCAGCAUUGGUUGGAUCUUGCAUUUCUGGAGAAAAAGUGGUGGUGUUAGCUCCUGCUUUAGAAAAUAUGGGAGAAUCUUUUUCUGCGGAUGACAGCAUCCUAAGUGACGACCUGAGCACUGGCUCUCUCAAACAGAAAUCUUCAAGCUGCCGAAGAAAACGAGAAUUCAUACCUGAUGAGAAAAAAGAUGCAUUGUACUGGGAAAAGAGAAGAAAAAAUAAUGAAGCAGCCAAAAGGUCUCGUGAGAAACGACGUUUGAAUGAUAUGGUUUUAGAGAACAAGCUGAUGGCUUUAGGUGAAGAAAAUGCACGACUGAAAUCAGAACUUCUUGCUUUGAAACUAAAAUUUGGAUUAAUCACUGCAGCAUUUUAUGCACAGGAGAUACAAAAUCUUGGAAAUGCUUCAGGGCCGUGUUUUCAAGACUAUAAACCCUCUGGUAUAAAUUUAACUUCUUUUGCUCCUGAUCAUGAGCGUGGUUUUCUUGGAAAUGGAUGUAUUUCAGUCAUUAAACAUUCACCACCAAGUUCAUUGUCAGAUGUUUCAGAAAUAUCUUCAAAUGCCCGGGAAAGUCCUCUUCUUCAAGUAGCAUGUAAAAGCCCAAAUGGCACCUUCAAGGUCAUAAAACAAGAGCCUCUGGAGUUCAAAGUAGAUUCUGAAACUUAUUUGCGAGACCCCAGAGAGGGAAAUGGUUCUUAUGUGUCAGCCAUGUAUAGAAAUUGUAUUGGCAGCACCUUCAGCAGGAACUAUUCACAUUCACCACCUUCCAUACAGAUUGCUAGGUCAUCAAGUAAUUCGCCAAGAACAUCAGAGGCUGAUGACAGUACAUUAGGAAAACCUACAUCUGAAGAAGAAGGUGAAGAUGAACAGCAAGUGCCUAAAGGCCCAAUCUCUUCUCCUAUGGAAUCCAAAAUUGUGCACAAUGCCAUAGUUAAGGUUCCUGAAUCAAACUCUUCUGCACUGCCUCACAAACUUCGUAUCAAAGCUAGGGCAAUCCAGAUUAAAGUAGAGAAUGUGGAAGCAUAUUAUGAAACACCAGAGAAACAGCCAUCAUCUGCCAGUACCAUUUCUGCUAAAAUAUCUUACCCAUUGAACACAGCAGAAAUGUUUAAAUGCAAUGCUUCAAAUUCAGUACAUCCUGCCUUAGCUCCUUUGUCUAUUCAAGUAGCAAACAUCAAUGAUUGGUCUCACAAACCAGAACUUUGGCAUCAAAAAGGAAGUGAAGAGAAAUUGGAAGGGGCUUACAAACACGUCCGUCGGUCAUGUUCCCCUGUUGCACUAGCAAACCAAUCACUUGCUGCUGGGAAAGACUCUGCCUUCAUUAAUCAAGGAGUACAAUUGGAAUCAGAAAACUUGUACUUAAAACAAGGCAUUGCAAGUUUAAGUGCAGAAGUAGCUUCACUGAAAAAACUCAUAGAAAAGCAACAGGCUGCUACUUCAGACUCUGAGUACAGCCGGUUUGAGGCAAAAAUCCAUGACUUACGGGAACAGAUGAUGAAUCACAGCAUGAGUUCUGGGUCUGGUUCCCUAAGAACUAAUCAGAAACGCUCAUUGUAUGUAAGAGCUCUAUUUGACUAUGACAAAACCAAGGACAGUGGUCUUCCAAGUCAAGGUCUCAGCUUCAAAUAUGGAGACAUUUUACAUGUUAUCAACGCCUCUGAUGAUGAAUGGUGGCAAGCACGAAUGGUUACACCUGAGGGAGACAGUGAAGAGAUGGGUGUUAUACCAAGCAAAAGAAGAGUUGAAAGGAAAGAACGAUCUAGACUUAAGACUGUAAAGUUCAAUGCCAAUCCUGGAGUGAUUGAUGCCAAAGGGUCAUUCAAUGACAAGCGUAAAAAGAACCUCAUCUUUUCACGAAAAUUCCCAUUCUACAAGAACAAGGACCACAAUGAGCAGGAUACCAGUGAUCCAGAACAACAUGUUACUUCUAAUGCCAGCGAUAGUGAAAGUAGCUACAGGAGCCCAGAGGACUGCAUUCUUUCAUAUGAACCAGUUAUACAGCAAGAGAUUAAUUACAGUAGACCUGUCAUUAUUCUGGGUCCAAUGAAAGACCGAGUUAAUGAUGAUCUGAUAUCAGAAUUCCCAGACAAAUUUGGCUCUUGUGUACCACAUACCACAAGACCAAAACGCGAUUAUGAAAUGGAUGGACGAGACUAUCACUUUGUUACUUGUAGAGAUCAGAUGGAAAAGGACAUCCAGGAGCACAAGUUUAUUGAAGCAGGACAAUAUAAUGAUAAUCUAUACGGAACCAGUGUCCAGUCUGUAAAAUAUGUAGCAGAACAGGGCAAACAUUGCAUACUUGAUGUUUCAGGAAAUGCUAUAAAACGGUUACAAAUCGCUCAACUUUAUCCCAUUGCUAUUUUUAUCAAACCCGUUUCUGUGGAGUCAUUACUGGAAAUUAAUAAACGCCUAACAGAAGAGCAAGGUAGAAAGACAUUCGAUAGAGCUCUGAAGCUGGAACAGGAAUUUGGAGAACAUUUUACAGCAAUAGUACAAGGAGAAACCUUGGAAUCGAUUUACAACCAAUGCAAACUAGCAAUUGAAGAACAGUCUGGUCCAUACAUUUGGGUUCCUUCAAAAGAAAAAUUGUGA